CACUUGUGUGUCGCCCCCCUCCUUCCUCUCCUUUUUCCAUCAUGGCUGCUGUGUCUACUCUCUCAAGUAACGCUCAGAUUGGACACUGACUCGAUUUCCACCUUCCAGUGCCUCGUAACUUUUGGUGUACGUCAACUUCGCUUGGAUGCAAAUCACAAUCUACACCUCGUUGUUGCCCCUGGUUUCCGUUAGUGGGAUAACCUUCACCAAUCACUGCCUCCACUCGGCCUUCUUUUUACCCCCAAAACAACCAACUGCCAGCCGACAACAGCUUCCAGGGCAAUGGUUUAACUCAGUUUCCCCCCUCCAUGAACGAUGUGUGAAAACUGCGCCGAGCUGGUGGAGGUUUUAAAUGAAAUAUCGGAUGCAGACGGCAGUGAAGGAGGCUUCCAGCUAAAGAAGGACCAUGCCCUGCGAGUGCUGGGCUACAUCAGCUCCUGGACGCAGAGACAAUGUCUCUGCUGCUUCAAGGAGUACAAACACCUGGAGGUCUUUAAUCAGCUGGUCUACGCCCUCAUCAACCUGGUCGUCGCUCAAAUCAGCAGCCUGAGAGACCGCCUCUGCAGCACCCAGCAGGACCACACCCAUAAAGGAGGCGCGUCUGGGGCGGAGGGGGGGUCUGAAUGGAGCGGGGGCGAGGCUGCACCCGGAUCCCUCCCCCGGCCGUCCUCACCCGGGGAGGACGAACCUGUGAAUGUGGAGAGAGACUCUGCCGAAGAGGACGCCGACGCCCCGGACCUGAACCAGAAUAAGACCCAGAGCCUGGCACAGGGGCCCAGCCGGCCAUGCGAAGCCCAGAUGGAAGCGCCGGAGCCUGGGGAGAACGACAGUGGAUCUGGGGGUGGUGAUGGAGGGGUCGGAGAAAGCGGAAGCAGUGACAACCAGGACCCGUUCAUCUCCUGGAGCACAGAGGAGAGGGAGAAGCUGCUGCUCUGUGCCGCCAAGAUCUUCCAGAUCCAGUUCCCCCUCUACACGGCCUACAAACACAACACACACCCCACCAUAGAGGACAUAUCUGCUCACGAAAGUAACAUCCUCGGCUCCUACUGCGACAUGAAUGUAAGUAAUACUACUACUUUGUCUUUUUUUUGCCACCGAGUCAAGUUAAGUGCUUUUAUCACCAUCGUCUCCAACAUCCGAAUAUGGUUGCACAUCCCUGCGGUCAUGCAGCACAUCAUACCGUUCCGCACUUACGUAAUACGGUACCUGUGCAAGCUGUCGGACCAGGAGCUGCGGCAGAGCGCGGCGCGCAACAUGGCCGACCUGAUGUGGAGCACGGUGAAGGAGCCGCUGGACAGCGCGCUGUGCUUCGACAAGGAGAGCCUGGACCUCGCCUUCAAAUACUUCAUGUCCCCAACGCUCACCAUGAGACUGGCAGGACUCAGCCAAAUCACCAACCAACUCCACACCUUCAACGACGUCUGCAACAACGAGUCCCUGGUGUCCGACACAGAAACGUCCAUAGCGAAGGAACUAGCUGACUGGCUGAUCCACAACAACGUGGUGGAGCACAUAUUCGGACCAAAUUUGCACAUUGAGGUGAGACCUUUGAUCCAGUGGUGUAAGUUUUUAUUAGGUUUUUUUAGUUAACAUCAAGGAUGCGUUGAAUCAAAGGUUCGGCUGAAACAUUGCAGCCGUUACAUCCACGACCUUUUCCCUUCGCUCAUCAAAAACCUCGACCCGGUGCCGCUCCGCCACGUCCUCAACCUGGUGUCAGGCCUGCACCCCAGCGCCCACACGGAGCAGACGUUGUACCUGGCCUCCAUGCUGAUCAAGGCUCUGUGGAACAACGCCCUGGCGGCCAAGGCCCAGCUCUCCAAACAAAGCUCCUUCGCCUCUCUGCUCAACACCAACAUCCCCAUGGGCAACAAGAAAGGUUCACCGGCCGCCAGUCCGGACAGCAGCGACAACAGCGACACGCAACACAGCGGAGGCAGCGACAUGGAGAUGGACGACCAGAUGAUGUCUGGCAACAAGAGGAGCCAGCAGAGGCUGUCGGACACGGAGGAGUCGAUGCAGGGCAGCUCCGACGAGACGGCCAACAGCGUGGAGGAGGGCAGCAGCGGGCCGGGCAGCAGCAGCGGCCGCAGCGAGGCCUCCAGCAACGACGCGGCGUCCAGCCGAGCCAGCCAAUCGGCCGGCAGCCCCGGCAGCGAGAUGCACUCUGACGACAUGGCGGACAGCGAGGCCUUGAAGGAGGAGGAGGAGGAGGAAGAGGAGGAGGAGGAGGAGGAAGAGGACGACGAGGAAGACGACGACGAGGACGACGAGGACGACGACGAGGACGAAGACGAGGGCAACCGCUCGGCCGCGGACGGCGGGCAGCUGAAGGAGCCCCGGGAGCAGACUGAGUCGAGGAAGAGGAAGGCGGGCGAGGCGCUCGGCGAGGGCCCGAGCCAGGGGGCGGGGCCCGGUGGCUCAGGGGGCGGGGCCAAGGCCAAGGUUCUCCCCUUCAAGCCGGAUACGUCUGUCAUGGUGACAGCGGCGUCGGCGUCCCUGGAGGGCCGGAUGAGGAUGUUGGACGCCUGUUCCGUGUCGUCGUCCAUUCGGCCCGACGGGACGGAGCCCCAGCAGCAGCAGCAGCAGCUGCCAGAGAUCGGCCCCCCACAGAUGGUCCAGGGGCCCCAGGAGCCCCCGUGCCUGCCGCGGCCCGGGGACUUCCUGGGAGACGCCAUGGGCGGCGAGCUCUUUAACUGCCGGCGCUUCAUUGGCCCACAGCACCACCACCACCAUCACCAUCAUCACCACCACCAUCAUGAAGGUCCCAUGGUGGAGGACAUGCUGAGCGCGGACGACGUGAGCUGCAGCAGCUCCCAGGUCAGCGCCAAGUCGGAGAAGAACAUGGCCGACUUUGACGGCGAGGAGUCCGGCUGCGAGGAGGAGCUGGUCCAGAUCAACUCCCACGCUGAGCUCAGCUCCCACCUCCAGCAGCACCUCCCCAACCUGGCCUCCAUCUACCACGAGCACCUGGUGCAAGGUCCGUCGGUCCACAAGCAUCAGUACUCGGGCAGCCAGGCCGUGACUGACAUCAACCUGGACAACGUUUGUAAGAAGGGCAACACGCUGCUGUGGGACCUGGUGCAGGACGAGGACGCGAUUCAUCUAUCGGAGGGUCUGAUUAACGAAGCAGAGAAGCUGUUGUGUUCGCUCGUCUGUUGGUUCACCGACAGACAGAUCCGCAUGCGUUUCAUCGAGGGUUGCCUUGACAACUUGGCCCAUCACAGGUCUGUUGUGGUUUCCUUGCGUCUACUACCCAAACUUUUUGGCACUUUCCAGCAGUUUGGCUCCAGUUACGACACCCACUGGAUCACCAUGUGGGCGGAGAAGGAGCUGCACAUGAUGAAGCUGUUCUUCGACAACCUGCAGCACUACAUCCAGGAGGUCCGGGAACACCUGCACAAGUUUGCACUGUACAGCCACAGUGCGGAGGUCCAGGUCCGUCUGCAGUUCCUAACCUGCGUCUUCUCCACACUGGGAUCUCCAGACCACUUCAGGUUGAGCCUGGAGCAGGUGGACAUCCUGUGGCACUGCCUGGUGGAGGACGCCGAGUGCUACGACGACGCGUUGCACUGGUUCCUCAAUCAGGUCCGCAGCAAGGACCAGCAUGCAAUGGGCAUGGAGACCUACAAACACCUUUUCCUGGAGAAGGUGGGUGCCAGCAGGGGAGACCAACACACAACAAUAUACAACAAACGCACAACAACACACAGUUGUUUUAGUUGUAGGGUUUCCUCAGUAUCUCAGCAUUUUGAAUGUGACUGUACUCGGCGACUGUGUGGGAUGGACCAGCUGUGGGGGAUUGCUCUGAGAGCUCAGUCUGCUGACAUCAGCCGCGCCGCCAUCCAGUACAUCAACUCCUACUACAUCAACGCUGGUAAGACGGGCCUGGAGAAGGAGCAGGAGUUCAUCAGGAAGUGCAUGGAGAGUCUGCUGAUGGCGUCGGCCAACCUGGAGAAGGACGCCCACUCCAGCCUCACCAGCAUCGAGCGGGGGCUGCUCAUGCUCAAAACCCACCUGGAGGCCUUUAGACGCAGGUUUGCGUACCACCUGCGCCAGUGGCAGAUCGAGGGCACGGGAAUCAGCAGCCACCUGAAGGCUCUGAGCGACAAGCAGUCUCUGCCGCUCAGGAUCGUCUGCCAGCCCGCCGGCCUCCCUGACAAGAUGACGAUCGAGAUGUACCCCAGCGACCAGGUAGCAGACCUGCGGGCCGAGGUGACCCACUGGUACGAGAACCUGCAGAAGGAGCAGAUGAACCAGCAGGCCCAGCUGCAGGAGUUUGGCCAGAGCGGCCGACAGACGGGAGACUUCCCAGGGGGGUUGAUGGGACCAGUCAGGAUGAUCUCCUCUGGCCACGAGCUCACCACGGACUACGAUGAGAAGACUCUGCAUGAGCUGGGCUUCAAAGACAUGCAGAUGGUGUUCGUGUCUCUGGGAGCUCCGCGGAGGGAGAGGAAGGGCGAGGGCGUCCAGCUGCCGGCCUCCUGCCUGCCGCCCCCCCAGAAGGAGCACAUCCCCAUGCUGCUGCUCCUCCAGGAGCCGCACCUCACCACGCUGUUCGACCUGCUGGAGAUGCUGGCCUGCUUCAAACCGCCCAGCCCCAACGCUGAGAAGGUCUACGACAACCCGGAGAACAUGCGGUGCGAGGAGCUCCACCUCCAUGCAGAGAAUCUGUCUCGCCGGGUUUGGGAGCUGCUGAUGCUUCUUCCUACGUGUCCCAAGAUGCUUCAGGCCUUCCAGAACAUCUCCGACGACACGGUCAGUCGCCACACUCGCCGGGGGUUCUUUUUUCAGAAACGGGAGCUCUUUGUCCCUAAUUUUGUGUUUAAUUAUGAGGGCAGCUACAGUGAUCUGUAUCCAGACUCUGAUGACUCCAGUGAGGAUCAGAUAGAAAACAGCAAGAACACCUGGAGCUGCAAGUUUGUUUCUUCUGGAGGCCUGCAGCUCCUCCUGGAGAUCUUUAACUCAGGCAUUCUGGAGCCCAAAGACCAGGAGUCCUGGACUGUGUGGCUGCUGGACUGCCUGGCCUGCCUGCUGAAGUUGGUCUGCCAGUUUGCGGUGGACCCCGCAGACUUGGACCUGGCCUACCACGACGUCUUCUCCUGGUCCGGCCUCGCCGACAGCCAGCGCAAGCGGGCGUGGCCGGGCAAAUCCCGCAAGUCCACGGUGGAGCACGGCAAAGGCCUGCACAUCCCUCGGCUGACGGAGGUGUUCCUCAGCCUCGUUCAGGGUACCGUCCUCAUCCAGCGUCUGAUCAACGUGGCCUACACCUACGACAACCUCGCACACAGAGUUCUAAAGGCUCAGUCGGACCACCGGUCCCGUUAUGAAGUGACCCACUACUCCAUGUGGCUCCUGGUGAGCUGGGCCCACUGCUCCUCCACGGUGAAGUCCAGUCUGGCCGACAGCGACCACCUCCACGACUGGCUGAAGAAGCUCACCCUGCUGGUGCCCGAGCCGGCUGUGAGACACGAGGCGUGCAACGGCCUCUACAAGCUCUCUCUCUCUGGUUUGGAGGGCGGAGAGUCCAUCAACAGGUCCUUCCUGCUGCUCGCCGCCUCCACGCUCCUCAAGUUCCUGCCUGACGCACAGGCGCUCAAACCACUCAGGGUGGAGGACUACGAAGAGGAGCCUCUGUUGCGGACGGGCUGUAAGGAAUACUUCUGGCUGCUCUGUAAACUCAUCGACAACAUUCACGUUAAAGACGCCAGCCAGACCACCCUGCUGGACCUGGACGCUCUGGCCCGCCACCUCGCCGACUGCAUCAGGAGCCGGGAGAUCCUCGACCAGCAGGACGGCGCGAUCGAGGACGACGGGCUGACGGGCCUCCUGCGUCUCGCCACCAGCGUCCUCAAACACAAGCCGCCCUUCAAGUUCUCCCGCGAGGGGCAGGAGUUCCUGCGCGACGUCCACAACCUGCUCUUCCUCCUGCCCAGCCUGGCCGACCGCGCUCAGCCCAAAUGCAAGUCCCACGCCGCCCGCGCCGCCGCCUACGACCUGCUGGUGGAGACGGUGAAGGGCUCCGUGGAGAACUACCGGCUGCUCCACAACUGGGUCAUGUCGCAGCACAUGCAAGCCUCUCACGCCCCGUACAAGUGGGACUACUGGCCCCACGACGACGUCCGGGCCGAGUGCCGCUUCGUGGGUCUGACUAACCUGGGAGCGACCUGUUACCUGGCUUCCACCAUCCAGCAGCUCUACAUGAUCCCCGAGGCCCGCCAGGCAGUCUUCACUGCCAAGCGCUUCGUGCUGUUUGUCCUGCAGGACUGUGACCACGUCAGUCAGACUGCAGAGGAGUUCUACACCGUCAGAUGUCAAGUGGCGGACAUGAAGAACAUCUACGAAUCUCUGGAUGAGGUGACGAUCAAAGACACUCUGGAAGGCGACAACAUGUACACCUGCUCCCAGUGUGGCAAGAAGGUCCGUGCAGAGAAAAGGGCGUGUUUCAAAAAGCUGCCUCGGAUCCUGAGUUUCAACACCAUGAGGUACACCUUCAACAUGGUGACGAUGAUGAAGGAGAAGGUGAACACCCACUUCUCCUUCCCGCUGCGCCUCGACAUGACGCCCUACACCGAGGACUUCCUCAUGGGCAAAGGGGAGCGCAAAGAGGGUUUUCGGGAAGAGGGCGAGGCAAACGUCACGGAGAGCUACGAGUAUGACCUCAUCGGCGUCACGGUGCACACGGGCACAGCGGACGGCGGCCAUUACUACAGCUUCAUCAGAGACAUAGUCAACCCACAUGCCUACAAGAACAACAAGUGGUACCUGUUCAACGAUGCCGAGGUGAAGCCCUUCGACUCGGCCCAGCUGGCCUCCGAGUGCUUCGGGGGGGAAAUGACGACUAAAACCUACGACUCCGUCACGGACAAGUUCAUGGACUUCUCUUUCGAGAAGACACACAGUGCCUACAUGCUCUUCUACAAGAGGGUGGAGCUGGAGGAGGAGAACGGGAAGGACUUUAGCUUUGACGUCUCUCCUGAUCUGCUGGAGUGGAUUUGGCACGACAACAUGCAGUUCCUCCAGGAUAAAAAUAUAUUUGAACACACCUACUUUGGCUUCAUGUGGCAGCUCUGCAGCAGCAUUCCCAGCACGCUACCGGACCCUAAAGCCGUCUCCCUCAUGACCGCUAAGCUCAGCACGUCCUUUGUCCUUGAGACGUUCAUUCACUCCAAGGAGAAGCCCACCAUGCUGCAGUGGAUCGAACUCCUCACCAAACAGUUCAACAACAGCCAGGCCGCCUGCGAGUGGUUUUUGGAUCGGAUGGCUGACGACAACUGGUGGCCGAUGCAGAUCCUCAUAAAGUGCCCCAAUCAGAUAGUCAGACAAAUGUUCCAGAGGUUGUGUAUUCACGUCAUCCAGAGGCUGCGUCCGGUCCACGCUCACCUCUACCUGCAGCCCGGCAUGGAGGACGGCUCCGACGACAUGGACGGUCCGGUGGAGGACAUCGGCAGCCGGUCCUGCGUCACUCGCUUCGUGAAGACGCUGCUGUCCAUCAUGGAGCACGGCGUCAAGCCCCACAGCAAACACCUGACGGAGUACUUCGCCUUUCUCUACGAGUUCGCCAAGAUGGGCGAGGAGGAGAGUCAGUUCUUGUUGUCACUACAAGCUAUUUCCAUCAUGGUGCACUUCUACAUGGGAACCAAAGGCCCUGAGAAUCCUCAGGUGGAGGUGCUGUCGGAGGAGGAGGGAGAGGAGGAGGACGAGGAGGAGGACAUCCUGUCCCUGGCGGAGGAGAAGUAUCGUCCUGCAGCUCUGGAGAAGAUGAUCGCCCUCAUCGCUCUGCUGGUGGAGCAGUCUCGCUCCGAGAGACACCUGACUCUGUCUCAGAGCGACAUGGCGGCGCUGACCGGAGGGAAAGGCUUCCCCUUCCUCUUCCAGCACAUCAGAGACGGCAUCAACAUCCGGCAGACCUGCAACCUCAUCUUCAGCCUCUGUCGCUAUAACAACCGCCUGGCCGAGCAUAUUGUGUCGAUGCUCUUCACCUCCAUCGCCAAGCUGACUCCUGAGGCGGCCAAUCCUUUCUUCAAGCUGCUGACGAUGUUGAUGGAGUUUGCGGGCGGGCCCCCAGGGAUGCCCUCCUUCGCGUCCUACAUCCUCCAGAGGAUCUGGGAGGUGAUCGAGUACAACCCGUCCCAGUGUCUGGACUGGCUGGCGGUCCAGACUCCCCGGAACAAACUGGCCCACAGCUGGGUGCUGCAGAACAUGGAGAACUGGGUGGAACGCUUCCUGCUGGCACACAACUACCCCCGGGUCCGCACAUCGGCGGCGUACCUCCUCGUCUCGCUCAUCCCCAGCAACUCCUUCCGCCAGAUGUUUCGCUCCACGCGCUCCCUCCACCUGCCGACCCGCGAGCUGCCGCUGUCCCCCGACACCACCGUGGUCCUCCACCAGGUGUACAACCUGCUGCUGGGGCUGCUGGGACGCGCCAAGCUGUACGUGGACGCCAGCGUCCACGGCACCACCAAGCUGGUGCAGUACUUCAGCUUCAUGACGUACUGCCUCAUCUCCAAGACGGAGAAACUCAUGUUCUCCGGCUACUUCAUGGACCUCUGGAACCUCUUCCAGCCCAAACUGUCGGAGCCGGCCAUCGCCACCAACCACAACAAGCAGGCGCUGCUGUCCUUCUGGUACAACAUGUGCGUGGACUGCCCGGAGAACGUGCGCCUGGUGGUGCAGAACCCCGUGGUGACCAAGAACAUCGCCUUCAACUACAUCCUGGCCGACCACGACGACCAGGAGGUGGUGCUCUUCAACCGCGGCAUGCUGCCCGCCUACUACGGCAUCCUGCGCAUGUGCUGCGAGCAGUCGCCCGCCUUCACCCGCCAGCUCGCCUCGCACCAGAACAUCCAGUGGGCCUUCAAGAACCUGACGCCGCACGCCGGCCAGUACCCCGGGACCUUUGCGCUGCAGGUACGGCCGCGUGGCUUUGAGGACGGACAGGAAGAUGGAGAGCAGCUCCACCAGGUCGCCGGUGACGUGACACGCCGUCGCCUCGUGCUCUCUGUGUGUCUCUCUGUCUGUCUGCCUGCCUGCCUGCAGGUCCAGGUCUUGUCGGGUCCCAGCUGCUCCAACCUGAUCAGUGUUUUGGUGGCAAACCUGCUGAGUGAACAGAGCAGCCUGCAGCCGGAGCUGGCGGCUCACCGCCUGGAGCUCAGCAAGACCAGCGGCCUGCUGAACGCCGUACGACACAGUCUUGAAGUGUGUGUGUGUGUGUGUGUGUGUGUGUGUGUGUGUGUGUCAGCUGAGGAUGAAGGGGCGACCCCGGUGAAGCGGCGGAGGGUGAGCAGUGAUGAGGACAGAGCGGGGGACAGUGCGGCGGCGCUCUGCGUGGCGUCCACCUCGUCCUCCUCCUCCGUCCUGGCGCCCUGCGGCGAGACGAAGGCCGACCACCAGGAGGCGCUGACGCCCGCCAGCACCUCGGACAACGAGACCCGGGACUCGUCCUCGCUGAUCGACCCGGGCACGGAGCAGGACCCGCCCUCCCCCGACCCCCCCGCCCCCGUCCCCCCCGGGAACCUGGACUCCUCCCCCAAAGAGGAGAAGAUGGAGGCGUCUUCGUCGUCGUCGUCGUCGUCGUUCUCGUCGUCGUCCUCGCUGCUGCAUGAGGCGGGGGAGGCGUUCGUGCCGGCGGAGGAGGCGGAGCCACCGCGGUGCAUGGCAGCCAGGGGGGGGGAGGAGGAGGAGGAGGAGGAGGCGGAGCAUCAGCGGGAGGGGAGGAGGGGGGAGGCGAUGUCAGAGGAAGGGAACGAAGAGAAGGAGGCGGGCUCUAAGGGCAGCUCGGCCCCCCCCCUCUGCGAGGACGCCGCCUUCCCAUCAGCCCCUGGGUUUGCGGGGGCGGGGCCGGAGGGCGGCGCCAGCGACCCCUCCUCCUCGCCGCAGGUGUUUCCGGGCGCCGCCCCCCCGCCCGACAUGCUGGACAUGCUGUACAGGACGGUGGAAGCCACCAUCGCCAUAGUUACCAAACUGUCUGUCAAGGGCCCGCCCUCUUCGUGACAUCAUCAACUCACAGCCGCCAUGAAAUCUUUAACAAAAGCCUUUUUUUUAUUUUACUUUCUUUUUUUUUCUCUUCUUAGAAAUCAGCGGGAGAAAACAAC